CCCUCCUGUUGCUUACCCACUGUUUCAACUGUCUCACUGACGAGCCUUUCAGACACACCCAGUUUGCAGUUCUUUUCCCACCCCCUCCAAGCGGCGUGAAGUUAAUGCAAGUUCCGCUUGAUCCGCUGCUUUAUGUUCUGUGCAAACCCAGAGCUGGUGGACGGUUGAUGUUUGUGUAAUUUCGGUCCAGCCGAAACGCUUGUUUUCCUUUGGGAAGUGAACGCUUGAACUGAGCGAGCUGCGGCCGAGCGACCUCCUGUGCUGUUAGAACAUGCAUUUUUACGGAACUCGCCUUGUUUCUAGCGGCUGCCUGAUCGUCUGGCCAGGACUCAAGCUAUUUGUAUCAGUGUUUCUGAUUUUGAACGGCCCGGGAGCUGUGCAGAGUGAAGAGAAAUCAUGUCACGGAGCGUUUGAUCUUUACCUUGUACUGGAUAGAUCUGGGAGUGUGGCAAACAACUGGGGAGAAAUUUAUGGCUUUGUGGAGGCGCUGGUCAAGCGGUUUGUCAGUCCCCAAAUGAGAUUGUCUUUCAUUGUGUUUUCAUCCCGUGCUGAUGUGAAGAUGCAACUAACUGGUGACAGGAAACAAAUCAAUGCUGGUCUUCUUGCCCUCCAAUCUGUGAAUCCAGCAGGUGAUACUUAUAUGCAUCUGGGUAUACUUGAGGCUUCUAAACAAAUAACAAAAGAGCAACAGAAAGGGUUGAAGACUGCAAGUGCAAUUAUUGUUCUGACUGAUGGUGAAUUAGUGGAGAAUGUGUUGCCCUACACAAUUAGGCGGGCUAAUGAAGCAAGAAAGCUGGGGGCAAUUAUUUAUUGUGUUGGUGUGAAAGACUUUAAAGAAACACAGCUGGAAAAAGUUGCAGAUUCGCCAAAUCACGUUUUCCCUGUUAAUGGAGGAUUUCAUGCUUUGAAAGGAAUAAUUGAUUUGAUUUUAAAGAAGUCAUGUACUGAAGUUUUGCACGUGGAACCAUCUUCUGUAUGUGCUGGACAAGAAUUUAAAGUUGUGCUAAGAGGAAAUGGAUUCACAGCAGGAAAAGGCAUAGAUUUUAUCUUAUGUAGAUACUACAUAAAUGCUUCAAUGAUUAUAACUGAGAGACCAACGAACAUGGUGACGGAUAAUUAUCUGCUGUGCCCAGCACCCACGCUACAGGAAGCAGGCCAUUCAAUGGAUGUAGCAGUCAGUUUGAAUAAUGGGCAGUCAUUCAUCUCCAGUUCAGUCACCAUCACUGCCACAACUUGCUCUGAUGGGACAGCUGUAAUCAUCGCUAUAUUCACUAUCUUUCUGCUAAUUGGACUCGCAUUGCUCUGGUGGUUCUGGCCUCUCUGCUGCAUGGUGGUCAUAAAAGAUCCUCCCCCUCCUCCACCCCCUCCAAAAGAGGAACCUGACCCAGAACCAGUGCCAAAGAAGAAAUGGCCAACCGUUGAUGCUUCAUACUAUGGCGGUAGAGGUGUUGGUGGCAUUAAAAGAAUGGAGGUCCGGUGGGGGGAUAAAGGAUCCACUGAUGAAGGGGCAAGACUAGAAAAGGCCAAAAAUGCUGUUGUAAAACUUCCAGAAGUAGAAGAGGAACCUCUUACUCCAAGACAGCCUAAAUCUCCACCUUCUAAUCACCCUCCUACACCACAGUGGUAUGAUCCAAUUAAGGGCAGGCUUGAUGCACUGUGGGCACUGUUGCGGAGACAGUAUCAUCGAGUUUCUCUGAUGCGACCCCAGACUGGUGAUGAGGGGCGCUGUAUAAACUUCAGCCGAGUCCAGACACAGUAAAAUUGAAGAAGCUAGAGCUGUUUUAUUUCUUUACUGCCGACUGAAGAAUAAUAAAGGAUUCUCAAUUUCCAAUUGACAUCAGUAAUCCUCUCUAAAGAUGGGCAAAACACAGUCUUGGUGAUGCUUUUUGUUAACUCAUCACAAAACUGCAGCAAGAGCAAUACAGAUUUUUCUUUAACCCACCAAGAACUCUUUGGCGAUUUCUUGACAGAUGCGUUGCUUCUCUCCUGAUCUUCAAUCCCCAGUAAUGGGCAUGCAGCAGUAGCAAAAAGUAAACAUUAACACCCAUCACCCCCUACAAGAAAAGUACAUCAAUUCUUGGCACUUGGAGUCACUUUGAACUUUUUUCCAGUCUGAAUGUAGUCUGAUUGUAAUGUGCUGUUUUGGGUCAUCACAUUUUAUAGACAGAGUGUAUUGUCAGAAUGGAGCCUAUUACCCAAAGGCGGAGCGACAAUCCCACCAGGACUACCCAGUGCAUAAGUUCAUUGCCUUUCAGCGAUGUCACAUUACAAGAUCUUUCCAACUUCACCACUUUACAAUGCCUUACGGGAACCGUCUGACUGAAAAUCUUGUCAUUUUCCACUGAAAAGUGCACACGCAUGACAAAAUGUAGGCAGGAUGCCCCAAGGUAUGGGAAUCAGCUAGACUUUGCCCUUUAGUUUUUGAAGACACCUUUCUUUCAUUAUGUGCUGGAGAAGAAAAUUAAUAGAGCGUUAUCAUACAGCAGCAGUGCCUAUAACCAAAGAUCUGCUGCAGAAAUUGAGACGUUGGUGCUCUGAGGCCAAGCAUUGUGGCCGGUGCUUUCCUGUGUCCAAUUGCUCAUAACAUCUCAUCCUAUUAAAGCAUUCACAUUGAUCUGAAUAUUUAUAUAAAACAAAUAGAUAAGACAAAAUACAGCAUUCCUUUUAUAACCCAAGGUUGUACGGCUGCUAUCCCCCCAUUCUACAAAUCUCCAAGGGCUUUACAGUGUCACAAUCCAGCAACUCUCUUUGCAUGAGAAUUUCAAAGUUUAAUUAAUAUAAUUAAAGGCAACAGCAAGCAGCAGCCUGUGAAGAUUUUGCUCAUCUUUUUUAUGCUUUUUGACAUUGAAUGACCUAUCACUAUUUAAGCUUUGCUUGGAUUUUUAAAACAUACUUGGCACUGGUUUCGUUCGAAAGGGAGAAAUAAAAAGUACCCUUGUUUGUAACCAAACAAUGAAGUUAUAUCUUCCUGCUGCAACCCCUUUCCAAAAUGUUGGGGAAAAAAUAAAUUUCAUUAUUUUAUUUUUCCCCAACCAUCUUGUCAAGACGACAAUCCGAAAUGCUGUCAGUAUGAGCAGAAACACUGUGGGGGAGAAGAAAGCAGCAGCUGAGAAAAAGCUCGAAUGAUGCAGUCACUUUCGAUACUGUACAUGAAAUGCAAAAUGGAUAUUCGAGUCGAAACCUGACAAAGCGCGCCUGCUUUGAUGUGAACUGGUAUAGACAAUGACCAGUGGCUGGGUCAGUGGGAUGUCUCUCUGCGAGCAGAGAAGCUUAUCAAAUGACACUAAAAAUAAGUUCAACAACCAUCACAUUUGAGAGAACAGGCGAACAUUUCACAUUUGGUGGGCAUGCAAGUGCGCGAUAUGGGAAGAGCGAUAGUGAAAAGUCCUGGUCUAAUUAUGCUUUUGAGCUGUUCAUCAAAAUCACAUGGGACAUGAAUGUUUCCCUUGGUUUACAAACAAAAUUUAUGAGGUUGCCAAAAGAAGCUCUGUGUAUAACCACUUGCUUAAUCUUUUGCUCAUUAUUGUUUAAGGUCAUGGCAAAAUUGUAAGUACUACCUACCAAUAUGUCAUAAAAUAAAUUUUGCAAGGAUUUUUGAAUCUGCCUGAUCUUUAUCAGAGGAUUGAAAAAAAAUCGUGGAUUUUCAGAAUCUCUAGAAUUGGAUUCAGUAUCUGUAUUUUUAAUUAAGGGAUUUCCCUGUUUUCCAAAGUCCCCCCCUUUUACUUAAGGACCAUCUCCAUCUAGCCAAACUUUGUGCACACUUGAAUUUACAUCAAUUUUGAACAAAUUUGACUAGUAUAAUGGUGCGCAGAUUUGUGUUAUCAUAAGAAAUUUGGUCUGAUAAUUUUCUUAACAUACUAAAAUGUUAAUUUUCUUAGUUUUGUUUUAAUUAUUUUUAAAAGUAUCUCCACUAAAGCCCAUGUGCUUGCUGAAGUUUGCCAUAGUGCACAGUGCAAACACUGAAUUUGGACUUCUGUAAAAUCAAUGCAGAUAAUCUCUAUCUAUUAUUGUAAUAUUCUGUAACAGAUCAGCAUAACAUACAUUCAAUCAUGUUUAACAUAUUAUUCAAGACUUUGUGCGUACAUCCACAUAUGGAAUAGUAGCACACAAUGUAACUAAGGACACUGUUAAAACAAAGUAAAAUGGAUGUAUUACAUAAAAUGACACAAAUUGAUUUAUUCACUGCCAACCAUCUCUCCAAAGACCUUGGCUGAUAAUAUCUUUCUUUAGGAAACUGUAAGACAGCAGCAAUAGUGAAUGAAAAAAGAAAUGGUUUUCCAAAAUAUCAUACAGGGUAAUAUGCGAUCACAGAAACCUCGCUGGACUGAAUGACUGUAAAAGCCACACUUGACUGAAAAACCAAACACAGAAAAGUAUUUAAAGUUCAAAAGCAGUUGAAAAUGUACAGAAAUAAAAUUUUACAUAUUUGGUAGCUUUUAUGUGCUGUGAUAUUGCUACAAAUUUUAAAGUACACAUUUACUUAACUUUCACAAACAUUAAUUUAAAGGGCAUGUUUUAAAAAAGCACGUGUAAUUGUUGUAGAGUUUCAGUUAUGCAAGAGGUUGUCUUUAUUUGUUUAGGUGAAUGCUCAAUUCCAAUUUCGUUUGUUAACAAGAUAAAUCAUUAUGACAAUAAGAUUGAAUGAUACCUAUGUAUGCUUAUUUUGAUUGUGACUUCAUUCACAGAUGUAAAGUAAAUUUACAGACAGUUGGCAUAAGAUUAAGUUAGGUCUGUGAAAUUGAACUAAGGUUGUAAUAUGCAAGAUAUGUUUUAAAUGUAUACUUAUAGUUGUUCACUUCAAUUUUGUACCAUAGGCAGAAUGUUACUUAAUUCGGUUUCUGAAUUGCAUAUGCAACCAUCACCUCUAAUGGCGUUUUGUACACUGAUAACUAGCAAAUAUUCUAUUGCAAUCCACUAUGUGUAUAGCUCAGUUUACUUCACAGGUGCAUGCAUGCAAAAACUGUACCUUCUGUCCAUUUCAUUUUUUAGAAUAAAGUGCGGAAGAAAAACUCCACUUAAGCUAAA